UGGGGGACCGAUGAGAGCUUCACUAGUCCUGACAACACCGAAACCACCUGUUCUGCGAAGCAGCAAGCCGGGUUUGACUGGUCCGACCUGGCUGUCGGAUCCUUGUUGUCGAGCUAUGACGGCUUCGAGUUCUCGGGCUUUUCCGUGAGCAACAACUUCAGCACUGCUUCCGACGACCAGGUCAAAUCCAUCGUUGGCAAGCUCACCAAGGACAGCUCCGCGUCUCCCAAGAUCUCGUCUGCGUCGAAGGACCAAGACUUCUCUAUUAAUGACUUCCAGCUGGCCACCUCUCGUGAUGCUGAUAUCCGCAUUGUUUAUAGCAUGGCUGAUGGUACCACUUGUAACAGCCUUGCUUCUGUAUCUGUCAGCGGAACCGAUGUCACCAAUGACCAGUGCGGCGGUGCCACCUCG